UUUAAUUAGACACUUAUUUAACACCUAUACUUUUACUUUUUCUUGAAUGUUUACUAUAAAAGAACUAUAACAUGAAGAUCUACAAAUGUUCCUCAAUAAAGUUUCCAGGGUACAAAAAAAAAAAACCCUGCAGUGUCGCUGCGUGCGUAGAUCUCCAAACACUCCGCUGCGUCCUCUCGCGUUAACAGGUCGAGCCGUGUGUCUCACAGAUCUGCGGUCUGCAGACAGCAGGAGGAGAGUUGCUGCAGACCUCAACGCAUCCUGCAAACCAGCCUGUUCAUGUAAACAACACUGAAGAAUGGGAUUUGGAUGUUUUCUUUUAUAGCCGCUUUCCUUUUUUCACUAUGACGCAACCGGCGGAGAAAGUAUAUUACCGCUUUGUGGUGCUGUUCUUCAACUGUCUGCUGACAUUUGGCUCCUACUUCUGCUUCGACAUCCCUAGUGUUUUGCAGGAUCAAUUCCAAGGGAACCUGACAUGUACCAAUGCAACGGUUAUCAAUGGCACAGUGGACUGUGUGGUGGGAUUGGGGAUGAAUCCUCAGCAGUACAAUCUUCUUUACGCCAUCUAUGCUUGGACGAAUGCAGUAGUGGUGAUCAUGGCUGGGUUCCUGAUUGACAAAUUAGGAAACCGCUUUGGAGUGUUUCUGUUCUCUUUUCUGUGUGUUUUGGGCUCGUCACUGUUUGCACUGGGUUCCCACUUCAAAGGAACUCCCUAUCUGCUGCCGCUUAUGCUCACAGGGCGACUACUGUUUGGAUCAGGCAAUGGAUCUCUGACCAUUGUUCAGAACCGCAUCACAGCUUUCUGGUUCAAAGGGAAGGAGCUGGCCUUGGCUUUCGGUCUGACCCUGGCCUUCUCUCGCCUUGGUUCGGUCCUGAACUUUUUCCUCACCCAGAAGUUUGAAGAAAAAUAUGGCAUGCAGUGGACACUCUGGGGUGGUACACUACUGUGUGUGCUGGGCUUUGCGUCUGCCAUUCUAGUCAGUGCCCUGGACAAGAUCGGUAUGAGGCAGCUGGGUCUUGAUGGCGCCAUCCAAGAGGAGUCCCGCAAAGUGAGGAUUCAGGAUGUGAAGCUCCUGUCGCUAAGAUACUGGCUGCUGGUUCUCACCAUCAUGUUCUUCUACAACGGCAUCUUCCCGUUCAUCGCUGAUGCCAGUAAGUUUAUUCAGGAUAAAUACAGCGGCUACAGUCAGAAGGACGCAGCGUAUGUCGCUGGGGCGGUGUAUGACAGCUCACUGGUCCUCUCAGCCUGCGUGGGCAUUCUCAUAGAUAACGUGGGGCUGCGGGGCGUGUUUGCGGUGGCCUGUGCCGUCCUCACACUGCCUGUGUUUGGACUGCUGGCCUUCACCUUUGUUGCUCCUCUGGUGUCCACCAUAUGGCUGGGAAUCACUUACUCCUUUGCUGCUGCCAGCAUGUGGCCGUCUAUUCCCCUCGUGGUGCCUCAGGCGACUCUGGGAACCGCCAUGGGUCUGGCCACCUCCGUACAGAUGGUUGGAAUUGGGGUGUCAAAUCUUGUCGUUGGGCAGAUUUUGGGCUCCAAGUCUAGUGAAACUAAGAUUCCGUUGUGGCGUUGGCAGAGGAUGAUGAUCUUCAUGUUGGCCAACACCAUCAGCUGCAUCGUCACCUCAGUGCUGCUCAACAUUGUUGACCACAGACAGGGCGGGACCCUGAACAAGACAACCAAGAGGUCGGGCCAGGCAGAGAGAGACUCCGACAGAGAGCCGCUCACCCAGGGAGAGGAAGAGCAAAAUGAGGAUGAGGAAGACGAGGCGGUCAGAUCUCCUUCUAUCAACUCCUAAGUUUUGUUAAGACUUUACUCAAGUUGAAACAUUUCUCUUUUUAUAUGUCUUUUACAUGUAACACUUCAAAUGGGACUUGGUUUAUUGCACACCUCACUGAAAAACACAUUACCUCUCAAUUUUGUGUCAGCGGUUGCUACAGCAGAAAACAAGCAGUUUAAUGAAUCAGAAUAAAUAAAUCCCUGUUAAACAGUAUUUACGCCCAGAUAGUAACAAUACAGUGUAUUAAAUGUAAACAAGAUAUUGCUGUUUUUUCUGUAACACAGGUAAUUAAAAGAUCAAACUCUCUUAAAGCCUUAGCUAUCAACUGUACUGCCACAACUGACUGUGUGAACCUUAUUCAGGUCCCUUUAUGAUAAAGGAAAUAUUUGGCACCUUUUAUGUAGAUGGUAGGUGUAGUCAAUUUAAGAUAUACAUUCCUCAGUGUGUGCUCUAUUGACAGAGAAAGCUUUAUUUCUUCUUCCAUGAUGUCACUACUGCCGUCGUUUGACAUGACAGUGAUGCAAUGAAGAACUACAUAUAGGCAAUGCCAGCUCGACCCUGCAAGCAGGAACACUCAGCUUUCUCAAUUCAUAUAGCACGCACUGAAGAGUUUAUUGCUUCAAUUAACCAUAAACACUGAUUUGGCAUCCACAUAAAUUAGGAUAUUUUCCCAUUAACAUGCAUGUCACAAAAAUGUACAGUCCGUUAUUUUUUUUUAAAUGAUUUUAUAAUGAAACAGUGAAAUUGUUUGUUCCUUCUAUCUGUUUUUUCAUUGUUAAAUUUUUAACUAUGUACUUGAAGAAGGGAAUUUGAUAUUUUUUAACAUUGGUAAAAAAAAAAACAGCAGAAAUAAAA